GAGACACGCAUCAGUUCAGAGAUACUCUUCUCGUCGCCUCCUCCUCCCGCUCGCUUCUCGCCAUCUCUCGCCGAUCGAGCUUGAGGUCAUCCCAAACCAGUCCAGGGAUCGCCAUGCGUUCCCCACGCUGUCCGGUGCCUGCCGCGGCGCUGCUCGCGCUCACGGUGGCGCUGGCCGCGUCCGUCGCCGUCGCGGCGCCGCUGGAGCGGGCGGACGAGGAGGUGCGGCGGCUGUACGAGGCGUGGAGGUCGGAGCACCGGCGGCCGCGCUGCAACUGCAGCAAGGCCGGCGAGGAGGACCGGCUGCGGCUGGAGGUGUUCCGCGCCAACCUGCGCUACAUCGACGCGCACAACGCGGAGGCCGACGCGGGGCUUCACACCUUCCGCCUCGGCCUCACCCCCUUCGCCGACCUCACCCUGGAGGAGUUCGUCCGUCGCGCCCUCGGCUUCCGCAACGCCACGGCGCCACGGGUGGCCAGCACCCGCUACCUGCCCCGCGCCGGCGACGACCUCCCCGACGCCGUCGACUGGCGCCUGCAGGGCGCCGUCACCGAGGUCAAGAACCAACGGCAAUGCGGUGGGUGCUGGGCGUUCUCGGCAGUGGCAGCCAUGGAGGGGAUCAACAAGAUCGUGACGGGCAACCUCGUAUCGCUCUCGGAGCAGGAGCUGAUUGACUGCGACAGCCAGGACAGCGGCUGCAACGGCGGCGACAUGGGCAACGCCUUCGAGUUCGUGAUCAACAAUGGCGGGAUCGACACCGAGGCCGACUACCCCUUCAUCGGAAAAGACGGGACCUGUGAUGCCAUCAGGGAGAACAAAAAGGUUGUCUCCAUAGAUUCGUACGAGAUGGUGCCACCCAACAACGAGAAGGCGCUGCAGAAGGCGGUGGCGAACCAGCCCGUCAGCGUCGCCAUUAACGCGAACAGCCCUGCGUUCCAGCACUACACCUCGGGCAUCUUCAACGGGGUCUGCGGGCUGCAGCUGGACCACGGCGUGACGGCGGUGGGCUACGGCAGCGAGGGCGGCAGGGACUUCUGGAUCGUGAAGAACUCGUGGGGCCCCGGGUGGGGCGAGGGCGGCUACAUCCGCAUGGCGCGCAACGUGUUCUUGCCCACAGGCAAGUGCGGCAUCGCCAUGGACGCGUCGUACCCGGUGAAGAACGGCCCCAACAACCCGAUGGCGAAAGCUGGGAUUAGUAAGAUGGCUCUUGCUUAGGCAGGCUGCUGCUGAUCGCUUGUCUCCUUGCUGUGUGGUGUGGACUCUAAAUUUGCUCGUUUACAAGUUUGUUGUGGUGAGUUGUGAUGCGUGAUGGGUCUCAUUUUAAUUAACUUUAUUUAUGUAACACCGGGAAUGAGAAUUAAUGAAAUUAUGUGAUAAAUAAA